AACAGGUGUUCGAAAAUUAAAAAUAAACACAACUGUCAAACUCUUCGCGAUAUGUCGGGACUUUUUUGCGACAUAAUUUCGAAAAUUUUCGGAAUUCCUAGCGCUUGCAAGUGAUUAGCGUACUGUAAUAAAAUGUCAAUCUGUUUACGUACGAUUUCUCACAAAAUAUUGCCUAUAAAUGGCAUCGUUACCACCAAAAGUCAUUCAAGCCGCUUGUCAAGAAAAAUCCCCUUACGAACACAAUUUCUGGAAGAAUUCCUUAUCCAUCGUCGCAUAUCCAGUUGUCAAGUAGCACCAAAAUGUCCCACGGAGAGCAACAUCGACGACAUCGAGCUCCAGGAGGAGGCGGUGACCAGCCGCCUCUCACAUGAAGCGAAGACAUCCUACAUCGGGUCACAAAACAGGACAGAUAAUGACCAUCGAUACGACUGCAGUAAUGAUGUGGAGCUGAAGAAGUUAGCCCUGACGUCCGAUGAUUACAUAGAGAGGAGGAUGCCUCCAUACACAUUUGACGUUCCAUACACCAACAUUAGUGAUAUAGAUUUAACAAAAUAUAGCAAUGAGAUUGAACCCACCUGCCUGUCAGAGUUCGAGCGCGACGCCAUCGCGUACUGCCGCGGGACCAUCGUGCCGGCGAGCGCGCCCGCCACCGAGCCCAGCCGCGAGGGCAAGCCCAGCGAGGAACAACUCAUGAAGGUGUUCCAUACGCUGUCUAAUACAAUGCCGAAUCUUUUCGUGAAGCCGCUCGACUACUCUAUUUACCACCCGAAUUUGGUGUUUGUGAACAAUAUAAGAGGCACCACGUCAGUAGGCUUGUUCCACUUCGUGAAGCAGGUGGCGCUGCUCCGUACGGUGGGACAUCUGAAGUUCGCCUACGUCAAGUUGGAAGUCAUGAAGAUCACCGCCCAUCCCGAGGACUCCUCCAUAAAGAUGAGAUGGCGCAUCAAAGGAAUAUCGGGCCUUAAAGUAUUCUUCAUGUUCUGGAAAUACAAACUAUGGAAUAUGAAGCAGGUGUUCCAAGAUCAGGAACUAUGGUAUGACGGGUUCUCCACAUUCUAUGUGGGACCCGAUGGUCUCAUUCAGAAACAUAUUGUAGAUAAGGUCAUGCCAGAUCAGGAUACGAUAAUAGACGAUGAGGAGAAGGCCCCGAUAGCUGCGAAGAUAGCUCUCCUAAUAGGGCUUCUACCGCGGAACUACCUGUCAGACGUGUCGCCCUACUUCAGCUCCUCAGCAGGCACCGCCGACUCCACGCCGUUACCAUUCAAAGUCCUAGAAUAAAAACAUCCUUCACUAUUAUGGGACAGUUAAUCAAUGGGUGGGAAUUUUGUUCACAAAUAUCCAACAAUGUGAAAUAAUCAGUUAUCACUAUUAGAAUCCUGUUUAAAAUAAAUAAUCGGAGUAUACCACACUAUAGCGAUACUGACUCUUUCACUAUUGGCGUAAUUUCGAUAUUAUUGUAGUUGAUGGCUCAUUUUUAAUAGAUGGCAACACCUUCGAUCUAAUUAAAGACCAAUAAGGUUCUUAUCAGCAUUGUUUAAAGUAUUGUAUCCAGUAACACUGAAUCGUUAUGUAAGGCCUUGUUGCCAUAUUUUCCGCUGUUAUUAUUUUCAAAGUUUAAUAGUUUGCUAACACUUAGAUAGUGCUAAAUAUAAUCGCUAUCAUUCACCAUGGAGAUCAUUCACGGGUUUAGAUAUUUUUGUGUAUGCUAACCAAAAUCAUUGCCCUAUCUAAUGUAUCUGGUAUUACUGAGAAUUUAAAAUAUAAUAGCAUAAUUUAAUGAAUUAAAACUUGUCUUAAAAAUACACAUAACAUUACUUUAUAUCAUGUUUUAUUUUUGUAGAUCAGUUUUGAUAUAGGAAGAACAAAAUUUUUAGCCUAUUCAAAAUUAUUGAGGCUGCAACGGUUAUUUUGAUAGCUUGUUAUUAAUUUAUAUUUUGUUAACAAGUGUAUUUCGUUGACCGCGCUGGCGCUGCGGCGCGGCGUCGCGUCUAGUUCGGCGUACACCUCUCGACUUCGACCACGAAGCAACACACUAGUGAUAUUUUGAUAACUGUGAAUGCCUUGUAUUAGUCUGUAUAGAUAAUGUUAUGUAUUGCUUUAAUACAAUAAAGUUAUGACAUUAUGAAAUAA